UUAGGUCUAUACAGAGGUGCGAUGAAGGUUCUGACAUGCACACUGACCUUACAUUUACACUAGAGCUUGUGGAGGAGCUAGGCCGACUUAAAUUGGCGAAUGCGCUUGCAGAAGCAGUUGACAUUGAUACACAGGCCCCAGUUCGUGGCGGGCAACGUGGUGGGUCUCGUGGGGGUGGACAUUAUGGAGGUGGUCAAGCUGGUCGCAGCCGUACGACCGAGUCGGCUCCCAUCUACGAGGAAGGGAAUGAGGAGGGUGUAGAAGAGGCAUGGCUUGGCACUGAUUGGGUACUGUCUGAUGACGACGGCAGGACACCACGAUGCACGCCUGGCGAUGGUGCUGGGCCAUCCCAUAGCGUCGAUCAUCAGGGCACUGUUCCAGCCCACACUACAUCCCAUGGUGCUAGCACGGACUUUGAGGGCCCUCCUCGUAUGUCGCCCCCAGUUUUCAGUGGAUCUGCCCAUGAUGGUGGAUGCAUAUUUGUCCCCACACCAGGCAUGCCCACCCCGCCUCUAGUGCAUGUGGACCCCACCAUGUCAGCUCCAUCUCAAACCGCCCACGGAGAGGCUGUACAGAUUGAGCAGAUACCGGCUGAGGACAUUGAGCCGGUGGAGGCUUUGCGGAGAUCGCGACGCCCGUGUGCGCAUGCUCCCGAUUGCGGGACUGGUGAUGGUAAGAUUAGACCUGUCAGGGCAUAUGGGCGGAAACGAAAAGAUCAUUAAAUGCCUUAGUGUAUGCUUAUACUUCCUGCCUAUAGGCCAUUGAGCUGGAUUGUCCUUGUGUGCUUAUUCUUCAUGUGUAUAGGUGACUGGAAUAAGCAUGCAAAAUGUUCUACUAAUUGGGGAGAAUCUUGGUGGCUGUGCAUCUAUUUCUGGAUCAUUGCUUGGGGAGAAUACUGGCUGUCAAUGUGUUUGUUGUCAAGAAAUUGAUAUUUUGGAGAAAACCCAUAAGGCGUAUUGUAUUUAUUGAUGUAUUAGGAAGUUUUUCUGCACUUGGAGUUUUGAUUGCAAUUUGACAAAUGUCUGGAUUGGUAUUCAUUUGAA